UCUUGCCUUUUAAGUAUUUUAAAUUGCCUUUGGAUGAUCCUCGAGGGAUAUAGGCGUGAAGCAAGGAUCUUCCUCGUCACCAAGACCCUCUGUUUGUGACGAAUCGAGUUGGCCAGGUCACUCAGCACAAAGUUGUAAACAGAAGUGCAAGCAAUGGCGGAAGUGUAAUGGCUGUCGAGUUUUGUUCCAUUCUGUGGAUAAUAUUCUUCAGUGGAAAUGCAAUUUCUGCCAAGGAGAUUUACACUAAUGUCUGGGCCGUGAAAGUCCGUGGUAGCCAGCAGGAAGCAGUGGAAUUAGCCGUCAAAUAUGGUUUAUCCUACGACGAACAUCUGUUUGAGAACUAUCAUGUCUUUAAAAAGCCUGAAUUAAAGAAAAGCGUAGAAAAGACGCCAUUAGCGUCUGGAAUUGACAGGAAACUGGAUGCAGAAUCGAAGGUUGAAUGGUUUAUGCAUCAAAAGGAGAAAAAGUAUAAACUGUUCUCUACAGGUUUUAAAGAUCCCAUGCUUAGUGAUCAGUGGUAUAUUAGGAGACCUUAUGGAUCUAAUGAGCCAACAUUCAAUAUUAUCUCUGCAUGGGAAGCAAAUUACACAGGGAAAGGAAUUCUAGUGGCAGUGGUUGAUGAUGGAGUAGAUGGUAGUCAUCCUGAACUAACUAAAAACUAUAACUCUACAGCAAGUUAUGAUUAUGUGGAUGGAAAGCCUGUUCCUUUUGGAAAACCAGUAUCUGGUCAUGGCAAUAUGUGUGCUGGUGUCAUAGCAGGAGUAGCCAAUAAUAACGUAUGUGGUGUGGGGUUGGCAUAUGAUGCUAAAAUUGCAGGGAUUCGUCUCUUUGAUGAUGACAUCAAAUCGACGGAUGUAACAGAGUCCAAAGCGUUAAUUCACGCGAUAAAGAGUGUGGAUAUUUACUCCAACAGCUGGGGGCCUGGUGACAUGGCUUGGCAAGUGGAAGGACCAGGUCAACUUACCACUGAAGCACUAAAGAUUGGCAUAAAAGAGGUGUGGUGUGGUGACCUCUUGACUAGAAUAGUUGGAAAAGGAGGAGAAAGCAAGAGUCAUGGCAAUAUGUGUGCUGGUGUCAUAGCAGGAGUAGCCAAUAAUAACGUAUGUGGUGUGGGGUUGGCAUAUGAUGCUAAAAUUGCAGGGAUUCGUCUCUUUGAUGAUGACAUCAAAUCGACGGAUGUAACAGAGUCCAAAGCGUUAAUUCACGCGAUAAAGAGUGUGGAUAUUUACUCCAACAGCUGGGGGCCUGGUGACAUGGCUUGGCAAGUGGAAGGACCAGGUCAACUUACCACUGAAGCACUAAAGAUUGGCAUAAAAGAGGGUCGUGGAGGCCUGGGCGCCAUCUACACGUUUGCUGCUGGUAAUGGCGGGAUAAUUGGUGACAGUUGUGCGUAUAGCGGCUACGUCAACAGCAUUUAUACUAUUGCCAUUAACGGUGUCAACUCAGAUGGCUCCAAUCCGAGCUACGCAGAAGAGUGCCCCGGGAUCAUGGCCACUGCGUACAGUAGGGACAUGCUUAAGGAUAUUGGAAAAGUCAUAACUGCUGAUAAUCGUUUAGGUUGUGUUACUGAUUUUGGGGCAACUUCAGCGGCUACAGCCAUGGCGUCAGGCCUGAUUGCACUUACCCUUCAAGCAAAUCCGUAUUUAUCUUGGCGUGAUGUUCAACACGUGAUAGUUAACAGCGCAAGACGAGCGCCUGGGAUCCCAGGAGCCACAGGAAUCCCACUAAAAAGAGGACACUGGGUGCAAAACAAAGCUGGUUUAUACGUCAGCAAGUUUUACGGCUUUGGGCUCAUGGAUGCUGAGAGAAUGGUGAGUCUGGCAAAAGAGUGGAAACCCGUGCCUCGUCCGCAGCUUAGAUGUGAGAUUAAAAGCACAGAUGAAAACAAACCCAUUCCAGAUCAGAAUAAAGUUUUUCCGAUAACGUUUGGGAAUUGCGCGAUAAAAUUCCUAGAACACGUCCAGGUUAAGGUCAAUCUUGAUUUCACACGUCGUGGAGACUUGUCACUUCAGUUGAAGGCACCAAGUGGUACAACUUCUCCUUUGACUCGAAAGCGCAACAUCGACAACCUCACAGGAUACAAAAACCUGACAAACUGGGUUAUCACAACCCUGUUUAACUGGGGGGAGAGCCCCAUAGGGAAGUGGGAACUAAGUGUUAGAGAUUUUGAUCCAAAAAACCCGAGUACAGGUACACUAUAUAGCUGGUCUUUGAUUUUGUAUGGAACAAUUACAGAUCCGCGAAAAAAUACCUCCGGUCUCAUUGCACCGUCAAAGCUUCCUUUAACUCCAGCCGCACCAACAGGUACUGUCACUACAUCCAAGAGGUCACUACCGACUACCACUGCCCAGCCAACAGAGACGCUUAUUGAAGCUAAGAAGGAGUCACCACUAAGCAUAUCUGCCUCCUGGAAGACACCCUUGUUGAUUGCUGCCUUGCUACUUGUCCCUAUUGUGAUCUUGGUGAUCACUUUUUGGUGCAGGCUCAGAGAAAGACAGAGAGGAAAUGAGGAGAGCGAAACACGGCUACAGGAAAACGCGCCAAGGGGAAGAGAACAGAGAGAAGAGGAAUCGAGAGAAGAUAAGGAGUAACGUAAAUACUCACGAAUUAAGUACGUCGGGUCGUUUAAAGAUUCAGCGGAGGCUGGGGCAAGCGAAGUUAUGGUUUGAAUAAAGGACAACAGCAAUAACGCUAAGGACUUUAAAAAAAAAAAUUAUAUUGCUUUAAUGAAAGGGCAGUAAAGAGUUAGUCCUAUUUAUAUGUUAAUAUAUUCAUAGCUUCGAGAAAUCCCUGUAAGUUCCUGUAGGUCAGUGGACCAUACGGAUGUGGGGUGAGAUGGAAUACUAGGAAGAGUGACGGGUGUUAAGAUUGCUUUCAAGCUCAUUCUGGGCAGUAAAACUGCCCGUGAUACUCAAGUCAAAGGCCUGUGUGUCUGUUGUUUUACUCGCUCUUUUUGACCAUGAGGCUGUUAGAGGAAAAAAACCAGAAGUUUACUUUGUUUGUUGUUGCAGUGUCAUAGUUUAAACAGCGGACAUAAUUAAGCUUGAAAAAUUUUGACGUUUAUUACUUACAUGAUUAAAUUAACGAUAUGUAGACCUGUAGUCUAUAAAGUCGUUUCACUCUAAAGUUACUUAGGCUAUGCACUGUUAACUUAUAUUUCAUUUAGAUGCUUUUUUUAUCGGCGGUUUUAGCGAUAGCUGCAAUGUGCCAGAUUUCUUCAAAAGAAAUGGCACAAUAAUUAGUAAAAAUGGCUUUGAAAGGCCAAGAAAAGACAAGUUUUGUAUUCAUCGUUUCAACUCUGAACGUGUGAUUCAGAUUGGUUCAAUUGCAAUUUGAACACUGUACGAUUUAUUCUACUUGCAGUAUUAAAUAAUUUGAAAAUAAUUUGAAAGUACUUACGAGUAUCAAGUUUGAUAUUUGAUAGUGUAGUUUCUAAAGAGAAUUCUAUACACAAUUUCAGAGUUGCCUUUUAUGCAAUUUAGAUUUUAUAAGCAAGCUAUCUGAGUUUUAAUAUAAUUUGUUGUCUGCUUUCUAUUUAAAUAUCUGACAAAAUUUUUGCUGUCCAUAAAAAGUAAAUCCUGUUGUAGUGUUUGUUUUUUUCAGCAAAGAAAUGAAUGAAAUUCAUGUUCA